AUGGCAUCACAACCUAUCCCCUCUUCACCUGGACCUCAGGAGGCUAUGCCGAUCUCAUCGAAUCUUCCAUCUCAUCCUGAUUCUCCUCCGAGCUCUUCCCACCAUCACCAACCUAAUCACUCUACUACUGCCAAUAGCGCCCACCAGCCAAGUCCACACACAAUCGACGGCCAGCCUCGCCCUACUACCUCCAGCUCCAGUGCCGCCUCGUCGACUUCUGAAUCAUUCUCCAACGCUCCUGCUCGGGCGUCAGUGAAUCGCAUCAAGAGGAAGCCCAUCCCCUCGACGAUAUCAACCUCGGCCAGGUCCGCCCAUCGGUCUCAGGGGUCCACGGCGUCGACGAUCCUGUCCUACGCCGACCUUCCCAAGCCGGAUCACCGCUUCUCAAGGUCUGGUUCAAUAGACAGUCCGACUAUAUACGAGUAUUUCCCUGCCGAGGCGUCCAGGCCCAACAUUGCUUCAGCUCUCGAAAUAAACUCAGCCCUGUUUCACGACCGUUAUUCCGACGCGCCCGGCAUUCCAAACGCCGACCAACACUCCCAGGCCGACACGUCCGACGUACUGUCUGCCUACUCCGCGUACGACGAGCUGCUGUCCGACGUGACACCGGAUGCUGGAACGGUCAAGACCCCUAGUACCAUUGUGGAAGAUCGGACCGACAAGGACGACGACAACGAGUCGACGUACUCGGACUAUCUUGAUCAGCGAGCCAACUCCCCGCCUCCCAUGUUUGCACAAAAAGCAACUCCUCCGCAUCUCCAGUUACAAAAAGUAGACACCGUCAUCGCGCAGAACGUGUUGAAUGAAGAGCUCGAGGCUGCUUCUCCUCAGUCGAUCCACUCGAAUCGCAACAAACCACUACCUAAAUCCCCAGGCGCAGCAUCUCCAUUUGCGGCAUUCUUUGGUUGGGGAGGGAACCCGUCGCCGUCAGGCACCGAGUUCUCGAUAUCGUCCCCCUCUUCUCCAUCCGGAAGAGGAGGGUCAGGCGAAGGUGUUGGAAACAGAUCGCGGACGACCGAGAGCACAACGCCCAAUGCAGCCUCAUCAAAUGCUCUCGGAUACUCUGACUCCUACCUCUCCGCAUCAUUACCCUCCUCACAGUCAUCAUUUCCCCUAGAUGAGAUGGAGGACGAACUAAGAGCCAUCAGCCACGAGUUGGCUUCGUCCAUCCGGCGCGAGAUGGACUUGGAGGAUCUCGUUGACCGAUUGCAGGAGCAGGCUAGUAGUUCCCAAGCGCCAAGCAAGAGAACUAGUGACUAUUUCUCGGACUCGGGAUACAGCUCUACCAAGGCUAGUGAAUCAGAACAGGCCCGUGAUGAAAUCGACAAGAUUCAACGGCGAGCCGAGCAAGAAAAAGCCUCUAUCCGUCUAGAGCUUACGACUAAACUCCAAGAUGAGAGGGCACGGCGCAAAGCCCUUGAUCAGCAAAUCAAGGAACUUGCAGAAAAAGCAUCGCAAAUCGAUCUUGCGCAGAUUAAUAAUCUGGACGCCAACGAGCGAGUAAAGGAUCUCGAAACCACCUGUGAAGAUUUAAGACGUCGCUUGUCCGACGAACGAUCAUCGAGAUCGAACUUUGAGGACCUCUUGUCUGCCCUAAAGAGCGAGCUGCAAGAAGCAUCAAAUGAACGAGACAAUCUACGAGAUGAGGUGGUCCCGCAACUCCGUGCGCGGGUUGAGGGCCUCGAAGCGGAGGCCGCAGAAUAUACAAAUCUUACGUACGAGUCGUCAAAGAUGCAACAAGAACUUCAGAACCUUAGAUCUGAAAACAUGACACUCAAGCGCAGCUCCAUUGUUGGCCCCAUCGAUGUCCAAAACAGAGCCUCUCGUGCUUUCUCAGGUGGGCUAUCGGGCGGGUUGUCCCGCUCAAACUCGGUGGCUGGAGGGCCUAUGCGCGGUCAGAGACCGACUGGCCUUGGACGUUCCAACAGUGUGCGGGGCGGUCCCCAGACGGAAUCCCGGGAGGCGCUUUCCGAACGCUUGAAAGACGUCGAAGCCCAGCGUGACGCGCUUCACGGGGCCUUGAAGAGUCUCUUAGAACGUCAAGAGGUUCAGAAUCGCCAAUACCAGAAGAAGAUUCAACUAUUAGAGAACGAACGUCAGCGCCUGCUGACUGGCCCUGGAAAGAAGGGCUUCGAGAGAGAGAUCAUGAACCUCCGAACGGAAAUUAAUGUACUUCGCCGAAGGGCGGAAGACGCGCUCGACCAAAAGUGGCAGGUUGAGAAGGGCUUGAGUGGUCUCAAAAUGGAUCUCGACAGGGCCGAAGGCGAGAUCGCGUCUCUCCGAGAACUCCUUAAUGAGAAGGACAUUCUCAUCCCCGAGACGAUGGCGCGUAUGAGUGGGUCGGACGAUGGAGAGCGCGAGCCUGUGACAUCCGAGUCCCUCAGCCAGGCCUACGAGAAACUGCAGGCCGCCUAUGCAGAGUCGCUUGAACGUAUCAAGAACCUCGAGUCUGGAAUCAAUGACGACGAGAAGACAAAGGUGGCCAUGCGACGCCUCGAAAGGGCCGUUUCUGUUGCCGUCACUGAGCGCGACUUUGCUAAAUCUGAGAUGGAUGCUAUCCGAAACCGCUAUGAUGAAGCUUAUGCAAACGAGACCAGGAGUGUCCAAGCUGAGAGCGCCCUGGCUGAUGAACUCUGCGAGACAGCUCGGUAUGUCGAGACGCUGGCUUCGCAGGUGCAGCAGCAGUUGAGUGCCAACUCGGAACUUCGAAUGCGCCUUGCCGAUGCUGUGACACGGGGUGACGCAGACAGGAAGGCAAACAAUGAUCGCAUCACUGCUAUGAUGGAGCACCUGGGAGCCCUCGAAGAGCAGCUCGUUUCCGCGCAAUCAGGAUCUGAGGAUCAGGUUACCCGUCAUGAAGAGGAGGUCUCCAAGCUCCGAGAUGCCCAUAACUUUCAGCUUCAGCGCAUUGGUGGUAGCCCUGGCCUUGGUGGCCUAAGGUCCCCUGCUGUGAAAGGCAGCCGAUCAGGUUCCAUGUUGAGCAAAUCUCGCUCCAAGAUCCCCUUCCCUGACCUCAUCGAGGCCCAGAGCUUUGAAGAUGAAGCCGAGAUGACAAGCCUCCGUGCAAAGGUCGCGGAGCUUGAGAAGGCUCUUGCUGAUGCAGAGAAUGAGAUGCAAGAGGUGAUUACUAGAAUGAGCACCGCCCAGAUCGAAGUCUUGAACCUGCAAGAAGAGCGGGACAGAGCAGUCCGAGAGACUAGGAAGCUACAGAAGAUUCUCGAAGGCGAGGAGGCCAAGCCUGUCGAUCAGCGAUUUACGGCCUUCCGAUGA